GGGAGGAACUGGCAAGGCCAGGGAAGGGGGAGCUAUGGGCAAGGCAACUACGGACAGAGUGCUUACGGGCAACCUAGGAGAAGUGAAGAGGAUGACCGGAUGAGCAGGCUACUAGCCUUUCUAGAGAACCAGGAACUGGAAGCCGCAGAGAAGAAGAAGGCUGAACAGGAGAAGAAGAGGCAGGAAGAGGAGAAGCAGAGGUUAGAAGAAGCAAAGCUGAGAGCGGAAGCAGAGAAACGACGAGCGCAAGCAAUCAUGGAAGCUACGGCAGCGCAGGCUUUUGCCAAGCUGAUGGCAACUUUGGAAGAAAAGAUCAAAGGUCAUGUGCAGUCAACACUCACAGCGUCUGAAGAGAAGAGAGCGAAAUUGCAUGACAAUCUACAAAGAUUCUUAGAACGAGUAGACAGUGAGGGGCUGAAGAGACCCAGAAUUGAUGCCUAUCCAGGUACGAGGGGAAGACUUGAACUGGAUGACUACGAACGGGAAGCAGACACUGAGGGGAGGGGUGCCGCCACACCAGUCACGAAGAAGAGGACAGUGAUGGCAAGGAAGGCCAAGGAACCGAUGGUGGUGGAAGAGAAGAAGAAAGGUGCAGUAGCAUCGAGCUCCAGGGCGGGAGUAAUUGAAUUUGUUCUUGAACUGCGUGAGAGUAUGCAGGCAAAGCAGGCACCGGAACUCAAGCAAAUGUGCAAAAGGAGUAACAUCAGGUGGGUAUCGAAGGCGCAGGCGAUCAAGGACCUGGUGGCGGCAGAAACGAGACUUGCAUACGACGGGUGGCUUACGGGGGCAGAAAGGCAAGGGAAGCGGCACUACAGCCUAGCUGAGCUCCUAGAGGAUGCAUAUGCGGCAGGGAAGACAACUGUGGAGUUUGAGACAUCCGGGGACAAGGUGUGGGGAGAGAAGUGGUCCAUUGUCCGAAGGAAAUUCGGGACGUCAACGGUCGCAGGCGAAGGAGCAAAACUCCCCCUAGGGAGGUCUAAGCUGCUACUAGAGGAAGGAGGGAUGUUUAGGGUGGCACCAAUCGUGUUGACUGAGAACGCACGGUGCAGGGGCAAGGGUUACCUUAGGCUGCUGCUGGAGCUGCCAAGGAAACGAGCUGAGCUCAAAUACUUUGAUGUCUCGAAACUGGUCUUCCUGUACCGUUGUGCUAGGGAGUUCAAGACAAAGACCUCAAGGAGAAUCCUGAAGGAAAUGAUAGCCGCAGUGAUCAGGAAGAAGACAGGAGUGAACAUCAGGCUGAAGAUUAACGUGGGGUUGAAGUAUAGCCACCGGCUAAGGAAGAGGAAGAUUCAUGAUACGGUGGUGUUAUGUGUAGAGAAAAGCAUAAUCCAUCCGGUGCUGCAAACGAUGCUGCGAUGCAGGGUGAGAGUUGUGUGGAAAAAGAAUACUACUGCUGAGCAGAUCCUGGCCAAUCAUCGGAAGGUAGCGAGCGAAGCUACGGCGCUGUGCACAUGUAGCCAGGACCUAUUGCCAAGAAUGGAAGGGCAUGUGUUAGCCCGUAUUGCAGAUUAUUCGGCAGCGACCCCGUUCUUGCACAACGGGAAGAAUGUCCUACAGAGUGAGAGCAACACAAGACCAAUGGAUGUGCAGAAAGCCGUAAAGCGAUCCUUGGAAGUUGUCAUGAGGAGGGACCUGUAUCGGCUCGCGGACCGGAUGCAGUUCCGGGAGAUUGUGUCAGAACGUGCAGAGGAAAGACCAGCGUGUUCGGAGAAACAAGCGUGGGAAUUAGCAACAAAACUGAGCCACCUAGUGGUGGUUCCGGUGGACAGGAACCAAGGUGACUUAGUAAUCAUGUGUCCUUCUACAUAUCACCACGGACUCCAGCUGAUGUUCAACCUCAAUGUUGCCUACCAGCAAGUCCCGGGGGUGUUCGAGAAAGAAGCACUCGCUCGGGUAAGGACGGAGCUCAAAGGUCGGAACCUCGAGAAGUUAGGGGCCUGGAAUCCAAAGGCGAAGCUUGGGCGAGCGUAUGUCCUGCCGAAGCAUAAGGACUUGCUUAGGUGGAGGCCUAUAGCACCAACUAAUGCAGAAGGAUCCAAGACAGCGGGGAGGAGGCUAGCGCGGGCCCUGAACUUCUUACUUAAGAGAGUUCCAAAAGCUAGACACUUCAACCUGAAGGCUACAGCGCUGUUGUAGCAGAAUCUGGAGAAGGCGGGGAAGAAAUUGAGUAUUUUCGGUGAAGAUUCAAUGGCACUAGUAAACAGCUUUGACAUCA